AUGUCGCAGAUUGCAUGGGCCCAAGAACAGAUCCGAGAGUGGGAAGCCACAUUGGAUACUCAAAUUGCAGAGGAGAAGGAGAGAAAAAAGCAUGAAACUCUCGACAAAGAAAGAGACUGUGUUAGGAGAUUUCACAGUCAACUGGAUGCCAUAAAUAUUAGAAAGGAAAAUGAGGAACUAUCGAAACUUCGGCAAGAAAGACAAAAAAUUGCUAAAGAAGAAGAAAGGCAGUUCAAAGAGAAGAUGGUGCUUGAUGAUAAGCAAGUUCUGAGAGAACAGCAGGAGCAAUCUCUUCGGAGAAAGGAACUCUGGGGCAGAGUGGAUGAAGAGAAUGAGGAGAUGGUGAAGGAGAAGAGACUGUUGCGAGAGAAGAAGAUUCAGGCUGAGAAAGAGGAGAGAGCUGAACUUCGAGCCCUGGAUGAGUUGUAUGCACAGGAGCAGAAAGAUCAAGCUGAAAAAGAAGCUCAGUUAAAGGCAGCCAACCGUAAACGUCGUCUCGAUGAUAUAGCUGAGAAAAACUUUUAUAAACAACAAAGGGAGCAACAAUCCAUUUUGAAGGAUAGGAAGAUAGAACGUGACCGGUCUGAAAUAGAAGAGCAAUGCUGGCAAAGAAAAGAGUACAUAGAUCCCCGGUUUGUGCAGAGGGAGUUUUGCAUGGAUAAGGUCAGAUGUAUGUUGGAAAAGGAAGAGAAAAAGAAGGAGGAAAGUCGGGCCAGGGAUGAAGAGAAAGUAUGUGAAGAGGCCAAAAAACAAGCAGCGGUGGAACAAAUACAGGAACAAAUACAGGGGGAGAAGAGAGACCAAAUGCUGCAAGCUGUUUCAGCUCACAAUGAAGCGCAGAUGCGUGAAAAGGUGCAGAAGCAGCUGGAGGAGAAGCCGAGAGAUCUUGAGCUGAUUGAGGCCCAGAAAGAGGACAACAGGUUGUACUUUGAAAGGGAAAGCCAGAAAGCUAAAUCUGCGAGGGCAAGAAACAUCCAAUUUUCUGAUGGUAAUGUCAAAUUACACGCACAGAGACGUGCCAUUCAGGAACAGCAGAGAAAGGAGGCCAAGGAAGCUGAAAAAAGGCAAGCAAAAGCUUUAGCUGCUGAGGAGAAAGAGUUCAAAGAGUAUGCUGAGCGUGAAUUACAAAAGGCCCGAGCCUCUGGACGAAUUGUUCUCAACACAAAUAAAGCGCCUUCAAGGCUGGAGAACAAAUGUAAGGAUGAUCGGCCACAGAGCUUUCUCCCACCUAUCAACUCAUCGCCACCUCCUGCAUACAUACACUGCGAAUCUGCUGGAGCAAAGUGCACAGAAGGCUUUGCCUAA